AUGAAUAGACUAUGGUAUGUUCAACAACAGCAUGAACUUUUGUCUUCACCUACAUCGAUACACUGUCAUAGAAUUGAAAAAUAUUCAUCCGUUGUUGAAGGUGUUCAACGUGUAAGACGAGUUUUAGCUGGUACUUAUCAAAAAGGUUUGUUACGAUUUGAAAGAGAAAAAAAUCGAGUAUGUAUUUUCUUAGAGAGUAAAAUAUUAAUUGAAGCCUGUUGUCGAAAUGAUAUUGAUACAGUAAAAUGGCUAUUGGAAAACGUUAAUAUUGAUGCAAUUAAUUUAAGAACAGAAAUUAAUCGAUCAGCCUUACAUGAAUCUGCUUUACAUCGUGAUGGUCGAUCACUUGUACGUCUUUUAUGUCAAUAUGGAGCUGAUCCUACACAACGUCGUACUCCAAUUCAUUAUGCAGCUAGUUAUGGUCAUCUGGAUAUCUUAUGUGAUCUUAUUGAUUUUUCACAAGUUCUAGUAUCAACAUUAGUUGAUACAGAUGGUCGUUGUCCAUUAAUGUAUGCUUGUGGUGAAGGUCAUUUAUCAGUAUGUCAAUGGUUAAUUGAACAUGGUGCUGAUUAUUAUCGACGAGAUGAUCGAGGUCGUUCAUGUCUUAUUUAUGCAUGUCGAGGAGGUCAUGUUGAAAUUUUUCAAUGGUUACUAGAAAUAUUACCUCCGAGAUCAACACAUACAGGUUGGCAUCCACUUCAUUUUGCGUGUUCAAUUGGAAAUUUAAAUAUGGUUGAAAUUCUUAUACAAUACGAUAUCUAUAUGGGAAAUGUUUUAACUAAUACUGGUCAUUCAGCAUUAUUUAUGGCAAUGCAUUCAAUUAAAAAUAGUCAUGAAAUGGUUAAAUAUUUACUCGAUUCAUAUUCAUCCGUACAAUUAACGUCACAAGAUAUUGAAGAUUUAGAUUGUGAUGAAUCAUUAAUUCUUUUACUUGCUCAACGUCGUCAUUCGCUUACUUAUUUAUUAAAACUUAUUGAAAAAACAAAUUAUCCAUUGCGACUUAUUCGUCUUCUUCUAUUAAGUGAACAUAUUUAUUCUAAACAAGAUUUACUUUCUAUUCCUGAUUAUCAAUCAAUGAUUCGUUAUCAUCUUCAAAAUCCAUUAAAACUUAAACAAAUUAGUCGUUGUUUAAUAAGAAAAUCUAUUGAUACAAGUGAUGAAAUCGAUCUACUAGAAAUCAAUCAAAAUUUAAAAAAAUUUAUUCGUUUUGAAUUUUUCUAUUGA